CACUUGGAAGCAUUUGUAGCAGCGGCUUGAUCGCGACCGAAUGUUCAGUUUAGGUUGGUCUAGUGUAUGUGUCAUAUACGAAUGGACGCAAUUAUUCACGUCUUAUCGGCGUCAUGGGAAACGUCGGGAGGAUACUUUGCCUCGUCCAUGUGUUUGUCACCUGAGGACUAGGUUAGCGAAUCUCCACGUUGGGCAGAUAUCCUAAAAUCCAAGAUGACCGCGAAGGAAGAGGACGAGUACUGGGACAGCAGCGAGAAGCGGUCGUUCUGCUUCGACAGCGAGGUGGACGAACUGAGGAGCGACACGGAGAAACUGUGGGCCGGAAUUCUCAGUACGUCGAGUCUCGAAGGUGGCCUUCAGUCUAGCAACGAGCCCCAAACUACGAAGCCUCUGUUCUCAAUUAUAUCUGAUAAGACGCUCUCACGCAUUUUAGACGCGGAUGACAAAUUGGAGAGGAGCCAUUCAACAGCCAAAGAUCUCGAGACAGCUGUCGCCCAGCCAGACGUUACUCUGAGGCAGAUAUUACUCGGCCAGUCGUACUCGUUGGAACGAUACAAGUCUCUCGCUAGCAAAACUGCCCUGUUGGACCUGGCCAUCUUACAUGGAGAUGGAAAUGCUAUUUUGAUAAUAAUUUUGUUUCUUACGAAAACUUUAAAACGAUCGUUGGUACAGCGACUGUUAGCAGAGAGGCCGGACGCGGUGAACGUGUACAUACAUUAUCUAUUUAUAAGGCUGCAGACAAGUGAGAUAACUGAUAUUUUGACAAUGCUGGGCCACUCCUCAACCGCUGCCAUGAAGAAUCUCCAUAUUAUUAUAAGGAACACCAAAGACCCAAGUAGGCUACUGCAAAAACUUGACAAUUGUCACAAGGCGCUUUUCGCGAUGCUACCUGACUGCAAGGAAACUACGUUUCUGGAGUCCUAUAUUAAGUUGCUGGAGUGGCAAAUGGCGAUCAAACGGAAAAAGAACGACGAGGAACUCGCAUUGAAUUCCUCUGUCUUGGAAUCUCUGCGCUAUUCGUGUAAAUACCAUUGCAAUACGCCAAACGAUUUCGUCACGAUGGCACCCACGACGCUCUCUCGCGACCAUGACAUUUCUCCUAGAUUGUAUCAAAAAGUCGCUUUACAAGUUAAGGCCGCCUGCGGUGGGUGGGACGACGUCGAUCGCUUACUCUUAACGAAGGGACUACUCGGCAACACAAAACUACAAACUCACUUGUACACAGAGGAUAUUUUGAAAGUACUGUACAAAUACAACGCGCCACACGCCGUUCUCGAAAAGUACCUCAAGUUCGUCGAUAAUCUAGAGAAGCGAUUGGAGCUGGCAAAAAAAUUGUCCUGCCAUACAGCAGUAAUUGACAUAUUUGUGCAACAAGGGGAUCGCGCGUUACUGCUGGAUUACAAAGCGACAUUACAGCCUCAAUCGGAAGGGUAUUUUUAUGCCGAGAGUGCUUCGCGUUUACCGCACAUUAAGUGGAAGAGUUAAGCUUAUUGCGUUCGUAAGAAAAAUUGUGAAAUUUACAUCUGUAAAACAUGACAUAUAUUUAAAUUUUAUUUAAUAUAUUAUUCUAUUUUCACUUGUGAAUAAUAUA